AUGGUCCUGGCAGACCUCGGUACCCGUAUUGGCGGCGCCCUCAACCAACUCGCAAGAGCUCCUGUCGUCGAUGACUCGGUCAUCGACGCCGUCCUCAAAGAACUCUGCGCUGCUCUCCUCGAAUCCGAUGUCAAUGUCAAACUCGUCGCCUCCCUUCGCUCCCGUGUCAAAACAAAAGUCAAGAAGAGUCUAGAGGAGAGUGAAAAAGCCGGUGGAAAAGAAGCGAACAAGAAGAAUGUGGUCCAAAAGACGGUCUUUGAGGAACUAGUGUCCUUGGUGGAUCCUGGAACGGAACCGUACAAGCCAGUGAAGGGCAAGACCAACGUUUUGAUGGCAGUCGGUAUCCAGGGUGCGGGAAAGACCACAACGUGUACAAAGCUAGCAGUGCACUACCAAAGACGAGGUUUCAGGACAUGUCUUGUCUGCGCCGAUACCUUCCGUGCCGGUGCUUUCGACCAACUCAAACAGAACGCAACCAAAGCCAAGAUCCCCUUCUACGGCAGUUACACCGAGACCGACCCAGUCGCCAUCGCCUCUCUGGGUGUUGAAAAGUUCCGCAAGGAGCGCUUCGAUGUGAUUAUUGUGGAUACCUCGGGUCGACACAAGCAAGAAUCCGAGCUGUUUGAGGAGAUGGUGGCUAUCGGUGGCGCUGUCAAGCCGGAUAUGACCAUCAUGGUCUUGGAUGCUUCUAUCGGUCAGGCGGCGGAGGCGCAAAGCAGAGCUUUCAAGGAUUCAGCCGACUUUGGAGCAAUCAUUGUGACAAAGCUGGACGGCCACGCGAAGGGUGGUGGUGCUAUCUCGGCGGUUGCGGCGACAAAGACACCGAUCAUCUUCCUUGGUACCGGUGAACAUCUCAACGAUCUUGAAAGAUUCUCUCCUCAGCCAUUCAUCUCCAAACUUUUGGGUCAAGGCGAUAUGCAGGGUCUCAUGGAGCACAUGCAAGAAAUGGCUCAAGUCAACCCGGACAAGCAAAAGGAUCUCGCCAAAAAGAUCGAGCAAGGCAAAUUCUCCAUCCGCGACUGGAAAGACCAAUUGUCAAACAUCAUGGGUAUGGGCUCCAUCUCCAAGAUUGCCUCCAUGAUCCCCGGUUUACCAGCUGGGAUGAUGGACGGCGGUGGUGACGAGGAGGCUGCUUCCAAGGUCAAGCGCAUGAUAUUCAUCACCGACGCUAUGCGAGCAGAUGAACUCGACUCUGACGGGCUGAUCUUUAUCACUUUUGACAAGGCUGGAAGUCCCACUGGUCUGAAUAGACGGGCGAAGCGGGUUGCUAGGGGGAGCGGGACGAGUUUGAGGGAGGUGGAAGAGCUGUUGGUGCAAGUGAGGAUGAUGGCGGGUAUGGCGAAGCAAGCUGGUGGUCAGAACGGCUGGAUGUCAGCAAUGCAAAAGAUGCAAGCAGCAGCUGGUGGCAAGCCCCUCGGGCCCAACGGUCAGCCCUCCCCUGCCCAGAUUGAAGCUAUGCGAAAGGCGGUGCCACCGGAAGUUGCCAGAAAGCUCCGUGCCGCUGGUCCUCAAGGGGCCCAGAAGAUGAUGGCGGAUAUGAUGGGUGGCGGCGGUAUGCCAGGGAUGGGAGGGAUGGGAGGCGGUGGAGGAGGCAUGCCUGAUCUGGGCAGCUUGAUGAGUCAACUUGGUGGCGGAGGUGGGGGCGGGGGUAUGGGAGGGAUGCCAAACAUGGCGCAGAUGCAAGAAAUGAUGUCGAGCAUGGGUAUGGGUGGAGCGGGAGGUGGUGGGAUGCCAGACAUGAGUCAGCUCAUGAAGAUGAUGGGCGGUGGGCGAUAA